GACCGCGUGCUGGUGCUCAGUCACGUACGGAAAUGUUUGGACGAAUUGCACAAAAUUAAACCAAAAUAACAUCAUGAGCGGAAAGCAUACGCGCUUGCGUUACUACACCACCAUGGAGGAGGCCACCAUGGUGCGGGUGUGGCGUGAUUAUCUCGGCCAGAUACCCACGUACGGCGACAAUCUGCCAAUCUUUCGCGACGUUGCACUGAACAUGCAGCAAUGCGGCAUUCGGCUGAACAAACAGGAGGUUCGCCGUCGCAUCAAUAGCUACCGCAAUAAGUAUUUAACCGAACGCAGUCGGUUGGAGGGCAAUCCGGAGCAUGUAACGGAAUGGCGUCUAUACCCGCUUGUCGACUGCCUUUUCCAACCCAAGCGACCCACGGCGGACAUGCACCUGGCCCAGAAUGUGCUCGAGUCGGCGGCCAUGAGGGUGCGCAGCGAGCAACCGGAUCUGCCCAACAUUCCCAGCUCCAUGUCCAGGGCGCCGUUUGUGAAGUUUGAGCGCGAUCCGGAUGGCUGUGCCUUCCUGGAGGCCCCACCAGCACCAACACCUCAAUCGUACCUUUCCUCCCAGAGCACAGUCAAGACUGAACCCAAGCCGCUUGAGGCGGACGACGCAAACAGUCCAAUCUACGCAGAGAGCACCAAGCGACGGACACCCCUGACGCCCGCCAAUUAUCAGCUGCCCCUGGACGAGCGCAUGGAGAUGGGUGCGAAUGGCCAGAUGGAGUACAAUGCAAAGAAGCGACGCGGCCGCCGCAGCAUACUGCCGCGCAUGGGCCAGAUCUCGCUGGCCCAACUGGAGGCGUUGCGCAUGCAGAACAGUGAACUGGAGCGGCAGAACGAGAACAACCAGUUGGAGUUGGAGUUCAAGGAGCGGCAAUACAAUGAGCUGGAGCAGACCCUCGACCUCUGGAUGCAUCAGCAGGAGGUCUUUCUGCUCCACUUUGAUCGCCUGGGCUUUAAAAGCACUGAGGAGUAGCCACCAGUCGCUCGCCAUACCUCAAAGCCCCCCUGCUCGUUGAUCUAUUGAAUAGUUAGCUUUAAUUGUGUACAAAGGCACCUUCUAGGCUAUUGUAGCGAACCGAAGAUUUACAAUUACGUUCUCAUUAUAUUCUGGAUUAAUUAAUUUCUCAUUUAAGUGCUAGUCAAAAUGAAUUGACAACGAAGCUAUAGAGAAGAGAUUUCUGAAACUAUUUUAGUUUAAUUUUCAGUUUAAUAACUACGUAGACCUAAGCCUCGAAACAAUUUGCAUGAAGCAAAGAAGAAAUUUUAUUUUUAAGUUUAUUUUUGGAUUCGCCCUUUAAGCCCAAAAAAAAAAGAGAAAUU